GCGGCCGGAGCAGGGAUGAUGAUCUGGGACUGGAUGCUUCGCCCUCGCUGCUGCUGGCCCUCCCUGCUGCUGCACUGUGCGCUGCACCCGCUCUGGGGUUUCAUUCAGAUCACUCACGGUGAACUCCAGAAGUCAUGUUCUAAGACCAUUGCAGAAAAAGGUACGGAUAGCUGCCAGCAGAUCUGUCAGUGUAGACGACCUCCUCCACUACCACCACCUCCACCUCCUCCUCCACCUCCCAGGCUGCUCUCCCUCACACCUCCCAAUUCUACCUCGUGCCCUGCUGAAGAAACCUGGUGGUCAGGCUUGGUCAUCAUCAUCGCAGUAUGCUGUGCCACACUCGUGUUUCUGGUUGUCAUUGUCAUCAUUUGUUACAAAGCCAUAAAAAGGAAACCCCUAAGAAAAGAGGAGAAUGGAACAAGUGGAACUGAAUAUGCAAUGACCUCCUCUCAAAACAACAAAACCUUGGAUGUAAAUAACGCAGUUGUGUAAUCCCUGCCAACUCCCAGACAGCCUGGCUGGAGUGAAGUCUCAUCAAAGCACACAGGGGUACAGGAAGAAGGGAGGGAGCACAGAUACAGCAGGUGACAGCUUGAUGGG